AUGAACGCAUCGAACUCGGAGUUUGAGCUCAACGUCUAUGUGGACGAGGUCGUCAUGAUCGACACGAAGGAGACCGAUCUCCUCGCGCGCGAGAUCGACCACUUCCACCGCAAGGACGAAGACGACAAACACCGCUUGCUAACCGACUUCAUCAAGGAGGCCAAGACGGACCUGAGUGCUCGCAUGCGAAUGAUUCUCAUCGACUGGCUCGUCGAGGUCGGCGAAGAGUACAAGGUCUCGUCCAAGGCGCUCCACCUCGCGAUCUGCCUCGUCGACCGGUGCUUGGCGAGUAUGACCCUCCAUCGCAGCGAGCUCCAGCUUAUGGGCUGCGCGUGCAUGAUCCUCGCGUCCAAGUACGAAGAUGUGCACGCGCCGAGUGUCGAAGACCUCGUGUACAUCUCGGACCACACGUACACGGGCGACCGCAUGCUCGAGAUGGAAAGUAUGGUCCUCGACGCGCUCGAGUUCCGCGUGAGCUCGACCCAUCUCUACCAUUUUCUUGAGCGCUUCGUCCUCGCGGCUGCACCACGGACCGCGUCCAAGACGGCUCUGCCCGUGCAAAUGGUCGCGAAGAAGCUUCUCGGACUCGCGAUCAAGAUGGAAGCCCAACUCUUCGUCAUGACGCAUGGCCGGGCUCUAAGCGAAGACGCAAUUCGUCGCCACUUGCUGUACCUGGCGGGCCGCGCGUUUCGAACGCGGUUUCAGACGCGCAACCAUGUCGUCAAGCUUUGA